AUGACAGAGACACCGGACGUUCUUCCACCUUCAUCAACCCCAAGCAACGUCGUGCAGGACCCUGUUAUAACCGCUAUUGAACCCGAGAAACACGUGACAGGGGAUCAAAGAGCGAAAAUUGUAAUUUUAUCCGUAAACGACGUGUACGAUAUGAUUCCAAAUGAUUACGGCCAUGGCGGUAUUGCAGAGUUUGCGACACUAUUAGAGCAACAUAAAGCUGCAAUUCCAGAGAAUGUGACGCUAUUGGUCACGCUAAAUGGUGACUUUCUUUCAGGCUCAGAGAUAGCGGAACGCUUUAAAGGAGCACACAUGAUUGAGUUAAUGAACCAUUUAGGCAUUGAAUACGUAGUGCUGGGCAACCACGAGUUUGACUUUGGCGCUGACGAACUUAAAGCACGCAUGCAAGACUCUUCAGCUAAAUGGUUUGGAUCCAAUGUGCGUGAUUCUGCAUCGGGUUCACUGUUUGAAGGCAUCGUGGAUACCGAGAUCAUUCAUUUAAAAGACGGACUCAAACUAGGAAUGUUUGGCGUUUGCACAGAGGAGACCCCGACGCUGUCAUUUCCGGGUAGUACCAUUAAGUUUGAUGAUAUUUUAUCCACCUCUCGACGGUGUGUCGACGCUCUAAAAGCUCAAGGAGCUGAUUUUAUUCUAGCGCUUACACAUCUGUCGAUUUCGCAGGACAAAAGGCUUGCCCGCCAAGUACCUGGCAUCAAUUUGGUACUCGGUGGCCAUGACCACGAGCCAUUUACAAUGUACGAAGGCAAAACAUUUAUUCACAAAUCGGGACAGAAUGCAUUUUGGUUGGCUAAACUCGAGUUUGAUCUGAAGCGAUUUGGUGAACAUCCUGAACGUGGACUUGUCGUUUUGCCGCAAUGGAGCAUGAUUGCUAACGCAUACCUGCCGCCGCAGCCGGCAUGCCAGCAAAUUCUUUACAAAUACAUGCAUCAAAUGGCAAGCGAAAACGAUCCGGAAAAGAAUGAGUGUGUGUUAGCUACUUUGGCCACCACAUUGUCCACUCGAACAGCACUCUUGCGAGCUGGAGAAAGCAGCGGAGGCAACUUGGUCGCGGAUGCUCUACGCAGUGAACUAUCCGCUGAUGUAGGUUUUAUCAACGGAGGCUUUAUCCGCGGAGACAAGGAGUAUCCCGCUAAGUCCAACAUUACAGUGGGUAUUUUGAAGCACGAGAUGCCGUUCCCGCGGCCCGCUGUUCUAGUGCGAAUCAAAGCCAGCGACCUGCGUGACGCCUUGAUUGAACAUUUGAACAAAUAUCCACAGCAGAGCGGCUCACAUCCUCAUGUAUCUGGUCUCCUUUUGACCAUUGACAUGCAUUUGAACCCUCUCGUGGUUACCAAAAUGCUUGACGAUAAAGGCAAGCCAGUGGACUUGGAAAAGCAGCUCCUUGUGGCUACGUCCAAGUUUGUUGCUGAUGGUGGUGAUGGCUGUUCAUCAUGGCUUAAAGGAGACAUUGUGCGUGAAACUGGUAAAAUACCCGACGUCGUGGCUGACUUUAUGAUGAAAAAGCGGUUGCUGGCGUAUCCAGAGCACGAAGGACGCAUUACGAUCCUCGAGUGA